AGAAAAUGUCAAAAACUGUGUCAACAUUAACUUUUUUUAAACUAAGUGUAAGUAAAGUGAUUUAUUUUUGACAAUAAAGAUUGAUCAGAAAAAAUGAGUGUUUUUCUGUGUUUGGAACAGGUGUUGUCCAAAGUUUAUUUUCGCAUGUUUUCCUGUUGAAAGAGCAGCUUUUCUUCCUCUCUCCWCAGCGUAGUGACGGCUCAUUAAAGUCACCGGAGUGUGAAUAACACGUCCCUGAAAACUGAUGGGAGUCUGAACGAGUUGACUUUUCACCCUGAGCUGAGAAAAGUGUGGCGGCGUCAGAUAAGGACACGAUGCUGACUUUCAUCCAGCUGACCGCUUUGCUGCUUCUGACGAACUCGAACGUCGCUGAGAAACUUUUCCACAGCCGGGAUCAUUCGGACGUGCAGACGCCACAAUCUCACCGAGCUGCUGUUGUAACCRAUGAAUUAAAAGCAGAGUUAUUUCUCUCUAGAUACGGGUUCAUCAAGCCAGUUAACUGGGAGGAGGCCCAGCUGGAGGAUCCCGACUCAGACCCAGAUGACUUCCUGGAUGACCUACAAGCCAGAAUCCAGGAGGGGACCUCRGUGCUUCAUUCGAGGGACAAAUCUCAAAUUGGUCAUCACGAUGUCUUCAAAAGCCAAGCCGAGAAUCGAGCAUUUAUUUCAGCCCUUAAAGAGUUCCAGAGGGUGUCAGGUCUGGUUGUCACAGGUGUGUUUGAUGAGGCCACUAAGGAGGCGAUGAACAAACCGAGGUGUGGGGUCCCCGACCAGAACAUGGACCUGAACGCCCCUGUGGAACCYGAGAACAAUCAGACUGAUAGUUUUGACAAAACUGACAGCAACAACACAAGUGACCUCUUUAGCUCCGGCAAUUACUCUGAAGAUGACCUAUUUGGUUUUAACAACACCGAAAGUUUCCUCGUGAAUAUUUCAAACGACACRAACUCGAAUACGUCGAUGAACAUCAACAACACCAGCGUGGAUGGUGAAAUGGGAAAYGUUGGCGGGAACACGAACCAGAGCGGAGCAGUCCGGCGCAGAAGGCGUCACCUCGCCUUCCUCGUGUCGGGGAGGCGUCGGAAGAGGGACCUGGCUGAAUCCGGAUUCAUGGCCUUUUCCAAGACGGUGCUGAAGUGGCGGCUGAUCGGAGAAGGCUACAGCAGCCAGCUGAGCGUGGAGGAGCAGAGGUAUGUCUUCAGGUUGGCCUUCAGGAUGUGGAGCGAGGUGUCGCCGCUGGAGUUUGUGGAGGACGUGUGGUCGCCGCUGGAGGAUGUUGACAUCAAGCUGGGCUUUGGCACAGGGAGGCAUCUGGGCUGCAGCCAGAGGUUCGACGGAACGGGACAGGAGUUUGCUCACGCCUGGUUCCUCGGUGACAUWCACUUUGACGACGACGAGCAUUUCACUGGCCCCAACUCUCACAGUGGAAUCAGCCUCCUCAAAGUGGCGGUUCAUGAGAUCGGUCAUGUUUUGGGUCUACCCCACACCUACAGACCUGGAUCUAUAAUGCAGCCCAGCUACCUGCCUCACGAGUCAAGUUUUGAGAUGGACUGGAUGGACAGAAAGGCAAUACAACAUCUGUAUGGUGCGUGUAAAGGUCGAUUCGACACGGUGUUUGACUGGAUCCGAAAGGAGAAGACGCCGUACGGAGAUUUGAUCGUCCGCUUCAACACGUACUUCAUGAGGGAUGGCUGGUACUGGCUGUAUGAGAACAGGAACAACAGAACACGUUACGGCGAUCCGGUUGCGCUGCAAAUCGGCUGGCAUGGCCUUCCCAGUGAUGGUGUUGAUGCACAUGUACAUGUGUGGUCCAAAAAGAGAGAUGUUGUUUACUUUUUUAAAGGUACUCAGUUCUGGAAAUAUGAUAAUGAGAACGACCAGGUGUUCAUAAAGGACUCUGAUGGUCAUCGGUACCCGAGGCUGGUUUCUGAAGGUUUCCCUGGGGUGCCCAGUCCCAUCGACACAGCCUUUUACGACAGGAGAGACUCCCACAUCUACUUCUUCAAAGGCACUCAAGUGUUUGCAUUCAGUGUGGAAACCAGCAGCUUGGCAAGGGGCUUCCCCAAAACCAUCAGAGACGUUUUCCCUCCAGUGGAGAGAGGAGACCAUCCAGACGGCCACAUCGACGCUGCCUACUUCUCUUACACCCACAGCGCCAUCUUCCUGCUCAAGGGCACGCGCUUCUGGCARGUAGCGGGCAGCCGCCAACGCUGGCGCCGGCCCUUGCUGCCUCGAAACGGCUUGUUGCCACACAGGGAGGUGGACCAGCAGUGGUUUGACAUCUGCAACGUUCAUCCCACUGCUCUGAAACUGACCCGCUGAGUGCACAGAGAUGGAUUAAACCACGUAAUGAACUCAUUCACCUGUAGGUAAAUGUGCUCCCACGGGUUUCAGGACAUUCGUUGUUUAAUUUUUUUUAUUUUUGUGUGUGAUAGUGUGUAGAGACAAAAACAACUWUUUUGUUGGCUUAUUUUCACAGAAAGGUGCGAGUGUUUGAUGUAACAGCUUCUGUUUACUUUAAUUUUUCUCCUUAGAGACGUUGAGUUUGUUUGCACAAAUCAUUUUUUAUGUGUUUUACUGUAUGGUUCAGAUGUUUUCUGGUGUAUGGGUGAGCGUUUAUUUGAGUUUUUCCUCACAAGCAAAUAAUUUUACUUUAACUUGUCAAAAUAAUUAAUUUAUUUUAGGAAAUUAUGCUCCAGGUGGAGCCCAGAUGAGUAUCAAUGUGCUGCAGGUGCUCCACAGGCAAAACAAAUKAAUUUAAAUAGAAAUCAAUUAAAAUAAAAAGUGUUACCGCACAUUAAGAGGAGAGUUAUUCCUCUCAGAUUUAAAGAGGGGAGCAUUAAAGAGACCAUUGUGAGGUUCUGUAAAAAAAAAGGUUCUGAACAAUAAAUCUGUUGUUUUAUGUAACUAUGA